CGCGGAGCAGCGAAAUCAGAAUUCAAGACGACACAGCUGUUUUUGAGUUUUCUUUACCUCUCUCUGCUCGGUCUAACAAGUCAAGCGUUAUCCAGGAAGAAGAAGAAAAAAACGCUCGUGGAUUCCUUUCCACUCUCGUUUUCAUUAUUUUGCCUCUCCUCAUUUCCUUCCAUACCCUUUCAAUUCCACUGCUCCGCCCCAAACCACCAGUACUUUCACGGCGGUAAGAUGUCAAACUCGGUAACCCGAACUCAGACGAGGGAGCGGUUCUACAACCCGCCGGCGGUGAGGCGGCAUCAACAACAGUUGCAGAGGCAGGAGCAGACACACAGACCGUUGCAACAUGAGAUUUGGAGACCGUUGAACAAGGAGAACCGAGUCAACUCGGCUGAUUCAACGACUGAGACUCGGAUGGAUUCUGGAGAGUCUACAUUGUUGUCGCCGAAGGUUGCUAAUUUGUCUAAUUUGGAUAGGCUCAUGGAGGCGGUCACUCCUUUUGUUCCGGUUCAUUGCUUCUCUGAGGCAAACUGUAGGGGAUGGGAAACUAGUGAAACGGAUUUGCACUCUUAUUACUGUCUCAGUGAUCUUUGGGAAUAUUAUAGUGAGUGGAGUGCAUACGGUGUUGGGGUCCCGCUAGUAUUGAACGGGAGUGAUUCUGUUAAGCAAUACUAUGUUCCUUACUUGUCAGGCAUACAAUUGUAUGUAGAUCCGCAUAGGCCAAGGACUCGUGAGGAUGGUGAUGCUGAGUCUUUGAGGGAAACUAGUAGUGCUGGAAGUAGCGACUCUGAAACAGACAGGAGAGUAAAAGGUGGUGUUGAUGGAGCUUUGGCACAGCACAACUCCCAGAGUACGAAUAGAUCACAUAUGAGUUCUUCUAGUGAUGAAGUUCAGGUUGGCCAGACAGCUCGGCUUCUGGUUUUUGAAUACUUUGAACAAGAGCAACCACAUCAUCGAAAACCUUUAUAUGACAAGAUUUCAAGUCUUGCAUCUCAAUUUCCAGAGAUCAGGAUGUACAGGAGCUCUGAUCUAUUACCAGCAAGUUGGAUUUCAGUGGCUUGGUACCCAAUAUACAGAAUACCUAUGGGUCAAACCCUACAAAACCUGGAUGCAUCUUUCUUGACCUUCCAUUCUUUGUCAACACGUUCUCAAAGUAAAAGUCAGCUGCAGUGUCCUGCUUCUAGCAAUAGGGAAGUCUGUGGUGUUGAUGCAUCUACAAAUAUCCCUCUACCAGUUUUUGGCCUUGCUUCCUAUAAGCUGAAAGGUUCAAUUUUGACUCCCAAUGGUGCCCAAGAAUGGCAGCAAGCAAUCUAUCUGUUACAAGCCGCUGACAAUUGGCUGCAAUGUUUACAAGUGCAUCAUCCUGAUUUCCAGUUUUUUGCAUCACAUAACUCACAAUGGAGAUGACGAAGAUACCUUGAUUCUUUGUAACUGGUGGCAGUUGGGGCAAUCGUAAAUGCUCUGCUGAAAUGAUACUUGAUGACAUGAUAUAGUUUACUUAAAACUCAUCUAAGAAGCACCGUGUUUUUCAGCUUUUGCUACUAAACUGUAUUCGUUGAAUACUAGGUAACUAUUUUGCAAUAUAUUCAGGUAGGGCCACAAAACUAUGAUCAGCCCAUUGGAAUCCUGAUCAUCACUCAGUUGUUUACUGUGCCUCUGGUUCAAGUGCAAGCUAUGUUUAUUCUUCAAACACUUGUAAAUUAUUAACCAAACAACCUUGUUUCUCUGCACC